AUGGUCCCCAUGGUCGCCGAGCGGCGUUCGCUGGCUGGCUGUCUGACUGAGAUCUUUCGCGGUGAGCUGCACCUCAUACCUUUCGACAAUGUGGUAUCGUCCCUUCGACAGGAACGGAGUGCCGUUGCUGUCGCGAUCCGGCCGCUGUUUCUGCGCCUCCGAGAGGCAGAAGCAGCGGAGCUUCCAGAUGCCUGGCGGGCUUUUGACCGUGCGACGGUGAUGUUGGCAGACCUCACUGCCUUGGAAGACUGGGGCGGUGGGGUCUUGUCUGAAACCCUGCGAGCGGCUGCAGUACAAAUUCUCUCGGCUCGUCACGACGUUUUGGAAACCGUCGUGGACACGCACCUGUCUCGGCUGGGACGCUUUCGUUCUGAUCCGCAUGCAUGCUCCAUGGAGCAGCAUCUCCUAACAUGGCGCUUGCUCGAGCGAUCGUGGCAAUCCAACUUUGCAAAGUUCAAAGGCUUCAAGCACGACUCCGUCCGAGCGCACGCAAGAAGUUGUCACGAGACCUUGCAGGGCUUGGCCAAUGGAGCUCCGGUUGAGGUCUGGGUUUCCAGAUUUGCACGCUGUGUGGACAUCGAAUUAGCUAUUGACAGUUGCUUACCGUCGAGCUACGCCAGCCUGGCGACUUCUUGUGCUACCACGUGGCUGAAUCACAGUCUUCCACUACUGCCUUGGAUUCUUGCAUUCUUGAUUUCACCUACCAAGCAGCUGGAUCUCACUGUCUUGCAACGUCUCCGCAAGGCGCUGGAGGUCUGCAAAGACAGCCAAGCCCUAGCGCAUAUGCGAGAUGCCUUUGUUAAUGCCUGCGCACUUUUGUGCGCUGCCGCAUGGCUCCAAAUGGAGCCAGUGUCAUGGUUAACGUCUCUCCUACAUGCUAUUCACGAGGCAUGCCAGGUGGUUUUGCCAGAAAUUUCGCCAGGGUCCCUGGCAGCUGCAAUGGCCGUUUCUUUGGCCCCUGCCCUCGGCGAGUCGAAGGAGCAUCCGCCGCCUCAGCCGCCUCCUUGGAAAGCGCUUGGAAUCGACUCGCCAGCAGGGGCCCUGAACAUCUCGGACCUGCCCCGCCUGCCCCCGGCCCUGGCGCUGCACACGGGCACUCGAGACGUCGCUGAGUCGAUAGCCAGAGCUCUGCACGGCGAAGUCAAGAGGUGCUCGGCUGCAGGUGGCAUAUGGCCCGGAAUGAUGGGGCCUCUUCUGCUCCUCUUCCGGCUCCUACCGGAUGCAGGCGGUGCUCCACUUCUGUGGCAAGCACGCCUCAUGUCUCUUCGCGCCUUGCGGGGCUUUCGCGUCCAGGAUUCCGAGGAGAUCCAUUUGGAGCAUCGCCUUCUGGAUUUCUUUCGAAAUGAAUGCGGCCAUGGACAUUCUCUCCUGCGACAUGUCGCAGAGAUCCUGCGAGAAAGCUCUUCGAACGACAGCGCGGAAGUAUUUAAGGCCACGACACUCAACAUGGCGGCUGCAUCCAGCCUUAACUUCAACUCCAUUUCAAUGCUUUCACUGUCGGGAUCCCCACCGACGUUGUUCUCUGCAUCCCGACCGAUUGUGGAGGCACAAUCUCGCUGGGCGGAAAGUUACCUGUCGAGGUAUCCAAACAGGAAGCUCAGGUGGCGCAUCUGGGGUGCAGCGAAAGUGCUGUGGAGCCAUGAUCGAGGACAAACACUGCUUACAACGACGGAGCUGCAAGCGCACAUCCUGCUGGCACUAGGUCAGGGUGAGGGCUUCUCACGCAAAGACUUCGAGGAGGCAGCGCUCAGCUGGUCCCAAGCCGACAGCGAAGUUGAUCAGGACCUCAAGCUGAAGCCUUGGCGCCUGGCGCUGGCGCAACUUUCAGCACAGAAAGAGGGUCCGGUGGAGCUCGACUCCGAGAGGCUGCGUGUGCGGCCAAGCUGUGGCUGCUCGGAGCUGGACCUCACCGAAGUGCCCGACUUUUCCACGGAAAAUCAAACACAGGAACCUUCAAGCCCUUCACGAGAUGCCAGAGCACCCAUCAUCGAUGCAGCCUUGGUGAGGAUACUGAAGUCUUGUCAUGUCUUGUCGGCCGAUGAAGUCUUGGCGAAGCUUGCGGCGUACCCCGAAAGCCUCGCUUUGCCGGAGAAUCUGCCCAAUACGGCCUUCUCAACAGCCAGGCUUGCCGCCCAGGAUUCUGUUGAGUCCUUCGGCCGCCUCUCCUCGCUGUGCGAUCGAGGCAUCCUGCGAAUGGAGCGCCUGGACGGCGAGACAACAGGUCCUGUCGACGGGGCCACGCGCAUCUUCUACGAAGAGUGA